GAGGUGGUGUCGGAGGACGGGCGCGCGCGCGUCUUCGUGAACGCCGUGCGGCCGCUGGGGCCCGCCGCCGCCUCCGCCAUCCGCGAAGUUUAUCCUCGUUACUGGAUUGGCUUAAUGAUCGGAAAUUUUCGGACCUUUUUACGUCAUAAUGUGAUCAGGAUGUCUCAGUAUAUUCUUGAGUUGAAAGAAGAGAAGGUUAAAACAGACGCGGAUAAAGAAGAACUUAAUUUGACACUAGAAUAG